ACUCAUUUCAGAAAGAGAGACGGGCAAACGCAGCCCUGGAUGGAUUAACAGAUGGGUUAAUCGAAAGAUUUUCACACAAACCAUGUGCUCCUCACAGUACAGUGGCACCGUCUGAAAGCCUCGGACAGGGAAAGUUAAGAGCUUGACAUUUUUCAACAAGCUAGUGUUCUCAUGAUCGGAGAGCACGGGAUCAUUCCUAGCUUCUGAGUUUGGAAUCACAUUUGGCAUUGGAAUAGAUGGAACUUAAAAAAAAGGAAAUCAGUAAAAGGCUGUGGAUUGCUGCAUUAUACAUGUAUGAUAACCUUUAUCACUAAGUGCAGUUCACUUAAAGACACUAAAAUAUGCUGGAUGGUUUUAAAAUGGAAGCAGGCACGCCGAAUCAAACAUCUCUUUCAUCAUUACUUGAUAUAAAUCAGAAAGCUGUGUGUGAAGGCUGCCAGAGUGUGAUCUAUGAUAAAUUUCUGCUGAGAGUUAAUGACAGUUUCUGGCACGAACAAUGUGUUCAUUGUACAGCUUGCAGAGAACCACUAAAAACCACUUGUUUUCUUAGAGAGAAAAAGAUUUACUGCAAACACGACUACGAAAAAUUGUUUGCAGUGAAGUGCAGUGGUUGUUUGGAGCUGAUCACCCCUGCAGAGUUUGUGAUGCGGGCACAGAAGAGUGUGUAUCACCUGCACUGCUUCUGCUGUUGUGUGUGUGAGCGGCAGCUGCAGAAAGGAGACAAGUUUCUGCUGAAGGAGGGGCAGCUGCUGUGUAGGAGUGACUAUGACAAGGAGCGAGAGCUACUGAAUCUCAUCAGCCCAGCAGCUUCUGACUCAGAUAAAAGUGAUGAAGAGGAAGAAAACACUGGGAAGCCUGACAAUGCAGGGAAAGGAAGGGAAGACAGAGAUCACAAGCGACCAAAACGCCCACGAACUAUCCUUACAACCCAGCAGAGACGGGCGUUCAAAGCUUCUUUUGAGGUCUCCUCUAAACCUUGUAGAAAGGUAAGAGAGACACUGGCAGAAGAUACUGGAUUAAGCGUUCGAGUGGUACAAGUUUGGUUUCAAAAUCAAAGGGCUAAGAUUAAGAAACUUGCCAGAAGGCAACAGCAACAACAACAGCAGCAAGAUCCCUACAACCCCCAAAGACUGCAUUCAGUGUCAAUGAUGGAAGGUAUCAAUCCUGACCUAGAUGGUGUGCACCCAUAUUCACGUCUGCACCAGCAGCAGAUUACAGCUAUGGAACAGGCCUUGUACAAAGUGGACUCUUUUCGUCAUGGACUAACGCCACCACAAAUGCCGGGGGAUCACAUGCUCCCAUAUGAUCGUGAAUCCCUGUUCCAUGAAAUAGACAGCGACACGUCAGUCACUAACCUGGGAGAUUAUCUUCUCUCCACGUCUGAUGCUGGACCCGGAGUGCUGAAUCCCAUCGACCAGCUCUACUCGAUGCAGGACUCUUAUUUUGCCUCAUGAGCUCUUCAUUAGAAGCAUUUCUCAAGACCUAUAUUACCACAGCUUAGAUUACAGAACGUGAAUACUUUUAAUGAAUAGAUUUACAACCAGGAUUUACAGUAGCAGAAUGCAAUUGUGCAGUACAAGAUCUGAAAUUGCUAUUUAUCUUUCAUGUUAUUUAUUAUAUGGUGAAUCAUAUUGGAUAUGAAUGUAAUAAUGGUAUAUUGCCUGGAGUGCAAUACAAAUCAUUAAAAUGCAAUAUUGUUGUUGUUAAAA